AUGAAGGGUUUGAGUGGCAUACUUGCAGACGCCUAUGCGACAUGGCUUUCGCCCCUCACCCACUGCUGUGCUCCGUUGUCUAACCGUCUGGAUGAGAAGCAGCGUCAAAACACCUUUGGCAUCUCUGAAAAACUGCCACCCACCGUAACUGACCAGCCCGUGCCCAUGCCUCCGCCUUUUGCUGGAACAAUGCAGAAGCCUGUCGGACCUCGUUCCCAGCCGGAGAAGUCGAAUGGAGGAGUCAAGAGAAGUUUCGCAUCGCUCCGGAAGCGGUUCUCUGUGAGAAAGCGAAUUCGCUCAGACUCCUCUUCGCCGCGCCGGCUACAAAUAUCGGGGCCUACCAACUUUCGCCAUCUGCACUCUGAGUCUUUUCAAUUUCCUCAAUAUACCAGUCUUCGGACAGCUGGACGUCCAUUGCCGCCAAGGCCAUUGUCCAGAACUCGUCCCUCGUCGUUCCGCCCGCUUGAACUGAGCAUUUACGUGCCCAAGAGGGAGCUGUCGCCUAUUCUACCUCACUUCGAGAUGCUCACCCCGCCCCCGCCCCCGCCAGCCAGGGUUCAGCCAAACCCGAAAGACGAUGUUUACGGCAUCGUCUCCGGGUCUUCGCAUGAGCCGAGUUACUCUCCCAUGUCGUUUCAUCUUCCGCGAAAGAUGUCGGUAUCGCCAUCGACAAUGACCCCAGAUGAUACACCGCCCAGAAUUCCGCCCAAAUCGAUAGCGCGGUCUCUAACGUCAUUAAGCGUGGAGGAGAUGAAGCACCGAAUUGCGGGAGCAAUGUUGGAGGUGGACAAGCUUCAGCGGGAGAUUGACUUAGUCAUGGAGCGUCAGAGCAUUUACGCAGGUAGUCGGCCUUCGACAGCUCAUUCGACGGCACCGACAGUGCACGACAUGGAACCCAUGCCCACGGUCCCCGCCCUACCGCCAGCUGCACCCUCUUUCGCACAGCGCCUGAACCCUGGGGUUGAGCGCCCUCACACAGCGCCGCCCCGGCCUCCGGUGCAUAUUCCCCACCGCGGCAUGGCCUUCGCCGAUGCAUCGGCGGCCUUUAUUACACCACCCCCGAGCCGCGGCAGGGAGGCACGGCCCCCUCCGCCUCCUUUGCCCCUCGUCCUCCGCCCACCUUUGCGCAAGAAGAAAUCCUUCUCGCGCGUUUCCAGCUGGUUGUUCCCCAGCAGCAGCAACGGCAGCGUGGACCAACACCACCACCGUAACAUCAGUCACGAUUCCGUCACCAACUAUCCCCGUCCCGUCAAGGGAAACGAAGGCUUUUACCAAUGUGUACAUGUGCCGCAGGGCGGACGCAGCAGUUUUGACUCGGUGUCGACUGUGUCGACAUGGGAGUCAGAAGACGGAGGCCAAACGGUCCCGACGACGUGGUCGCCCGGCAGUACUCCCGCCACUAGAGCAGAGGAGCAUCCGCCGCUGGAGCGCGUUACCACCUUUGGCAAGGAAAAAGACGGGACUGGCCCUAGACGGGGCAGCGUCGGCGUGGCGUUCUGA